AUGAGCAGCAAUACCCAGCGUUUGCCGCCAGAUGCGACCAUUCAGAAACGUGUAAAAACGGACGAGGGAUAUGCCGCGUUGGAGAGAUACACGAAUGGAAUGAGAAAGGCAGCGAUGACUGCAUCAUGGUUCGAAGGUAAGAAUAAGAACGACUUCGCAGAGAACGAAAAACGGAACAAUGAUUUGUGA